AUGGGCCGCCUCAAGCCCGGCCACUGGCCCCUGAUUCUGGUUCACGUGCUUCUGCUGCAGCUUCACUCUGUCAGGGUGCAGGGAAUUGAUCCUGUGCCCCGGAAACUACGACGGCUCAAUGAACAGGUCAGCUUGAAUCAAGCCGUUUACAUUCACAUGGAUUGGAGCAGGAAGCUCGAGAAGAAGAGUAAGCGGAUGGAGGGUCGUCUGGUUCUGAUGGAGAGGAACCUGAGUGAGAAUCACCAUGCCCAGAAGGAGAAGCCUGAUCUUGGUCAGGUCCUCUCCAACCUUUCUCUGGAGCUCCAGAGCAAAGAGGAAAGGCUGGCUGUCCUUCAAACCCAGCGCAAUGAGCUGUUAGUGGGGCUGAAAGGGUUGCAGGAAUCCCUGAAAAACCAGGCUCUCCGUGUAACCCGACUGGAGGGACGACUCAGUGAGGUUCUGCAGUGGGAUGGAGGAGGGAACAUCAGAGGUUCAGAAAGGGUGGGAGAAACCCUCAGCUCCAACAUCACACCACAAGAAUACUACAAACCAUGCAGAAGAGCCCGGACCCAUAGAGGAGGGAGGCCUGGAAGGAUUCUGGGUGGACAUACCCAACCCAGACCUGAAGGAAUCAGUCAAACCAAGACUGAUAAUCAUUCACAGGCUAGGCCGUAUCAAUACCACGCAACAAACCAGCCAAAACAUUCAAAAGCCCAGAGGCCAAGACCUCAGCCAGACUCUCAUCUACAAAUACAAGACCAGUAUCCAAACCCUAAAUCUCAAUCCACAGCUUACCUGCCCCAGCCUGACCCUUACCCUGCCCAGUCACAGAUCCAGAUAAGGAUGCAGACAAGACCCUACCGGAUCACCCAGGAGCAGCUCCGGUCUCAUCAGUCUGUGCCUUAUCAUCAUGUCCAGAUCUGGCCCCAGACCCAUCGUGAACCCACAAAAGACAGGCAGAGCAGUACCAGACUAGGGGCUCCCAAGCCUCAAACUUCAGAUGUUCUCCCUCAACCCCGGUCUAAGCCUUAUCAGCCCAGGACUAGUAGUUCAAAAGGUGAAGAGGAGGAAGAAAGUGACACCAAGGUAGAAACCUCAGUGAUCCAUGACUUCCUCCAGCUUCCUGUGAGGCACAAGAUCCCAGCAUGGCCACUUCCUAAAAAGGAUGCAACCAUCUGUAACGUGGACUCCAUGCUGUUUUUCCCCUCUGCAUCAGCAGAGAACUACAUCACCUUCUCCCUGACUCUCCCUGACCUUCCUGAACUUUCUGUGUGCCUGUGGCUCCAUGUGGAAGCCUCACACAUUGGCACAUUGCUCUCCUAUGCUACAGAUGACAAUGACAACCAGUUAGUUCUAUAUGGACACAAUUCCUCUGCCUCAUCUACUCCCUUCUCUGCUUCUUCAUCAUCUUCCCACCCCUCUGCUUCUUCACCCUCCCUGGACUUUGUCAUUUGAGACCCUGUCUAUCGCCGUCUCCCUAUGUCAUCACUCCUGGACACUCGCUGGCACCACCUCUGCAUCCUCUGGUCCUCCAUCCAGGAUCGUUUCUGGCACUAUAAUGACCGUCGUCUCACCUCUUCAAGUUCCAACUUCAGGAAAGGCUGGGAGAUUCCCGGAGGUGGAUCAGUGGUGCAGGGGCAGGAGCAAGACUCAGUUGGUGGUGGGUUUGACCCCACAGAGGGUUUUGCUGGGCAGGUGGCAGGGUUCAGGGUAUGGAACCGGGUGCUGAGCCUAUCGGAGGUAGAAGGGGUGGCAGAAGGAAGAGGUGUGCCAAGAGGGGUGGUGCUUGACAUGGAGGAUAUAAAGGAGGUGCAGCAGUUUACAUGUGAAUGUUUAGAGCACUGUAUGUGA